AUGGUUCAACAAGACGGAAAGUCCUCCUCGGUGGUCACUCUGAGUGAGGCCUAUCCAAAAGAACGUGCGAGGAACUAUGGCACUCUAGAGCCGAAUGGUGAAACUGCCGAAAAGAUCAACCCUUUUCUGGACCCUGAAGUCGCAGAGUACUGGCGCGGUGUAUACGAAAAAGCGCAAUAUGAAUGCAGAGAUGUCUUCGACCCUACAUUGACAUGGUCGGAGGAAGAAGAAAGGGCCUUGGUGCGCAAGCUGGAUUGGAGGAUUUGCUUGUGGGCUUGUGUCAUGUUCUUUGCGCUUCAAGUCGAUCGAGGGAACCUUGUCCAGGCAGUUUCCGACACCUUCCUAGCAGAUCUAAAGCUGACCACAAACGACUAUAACUACGGUAACAUCGUCUUCCGAGUCUCAUUUCUGGUCGCAGAGCUACCGUCUCAGUUGAUAUCAAAGAAGAUCGGGCCAGAUCGUUGGAUUCCUAUUCAGAUGGUGCUCUGGUCGGUAGUUGCUAUCUCACAAUGCGCCAUAACCGACAGAAAAACAUUCCUGCUCACACGCAGCUUGUUGGGUAUCUUGGAGGGAGGUUUCAUUCCAGAUAUCGUGUUGUGGCUUUCUUAUUUCUAUACCUCCCGCGAGCUUCCAAUUCGUUUGAGCUUUUUCUGGACUUCACUCUCUGUGACGACGAUUGUGACAUCUCUGCUGGCUUUUGCCGUCUUCCAUCUCAGCGGUGUUCACGGCUGGGCAGGAUGGCGGUGGCUCUUCCUUAUCGAAGGACUGAUUACCCUCUCCAUCGGUCUAGCAUCGUUCUUCAUGAUGCCAGCAUCGGUAGUUCAAACUAAGACCUGGUUCAGACCCAAUGGAUGGUUCACUGACCGUGAAGUUUCCAUCGUGGCUAAUCGCGUCCUCCGCGACGACCCUUCCAAGGGCGACAUGCAUAACCGCCAAGCUGUGACGCCUAAGAGACUCUGGAACGCAAUUAAGGAUUACCAUAUGUGGCCAAUCUAUUUCAUCGGAGUAGUCGCAUAUAUCCCACAAUCGCCUCCGAGCUCCUAUAUUACGCUUACUCUCCGCUCACUUGGGUUCAACAAGUUCAACACAAAUCUACUCACGAUCCCAGCGAACGUGUUCCAUAUCGGCAAUUUGCUUUUGAUCACCUGGAUAUCUAGUCGACUAAACCAGUGGUCGCUUGUUUCCAUGUUUCAAGCUCUCUGGACGCUUCCUUGUUUACUUGCGCUCCGGUUUUGGCCUGAUGUGAUCUCGAAUGCCUGGGGAACGUAUGCAGUGGUGACAGUUUUGCUAAGCUACCCAUAUUGCCAUGCCAUCGUGGUUGCAUGGGUAUCCAGAAAUGCAAAUAACGUCGGAAAUCGCUCGGUGGCAGCUGCAUUGUACAACAUGUCUGUGCAAGCAGGAGAUGCCGCUGCUUUCUUCAUCUAUAGAGAUGAUGAUAAGCCAAAGUACAGACGGGGAAAUACCGAUCUAAUAGCGAUUAAUAUCCUAGCAAUCGUGCUAUUUCUUGCGGCGAAAGCAUACUAUGUGUUCCAAAAUAGGAGGCGGGACAAGAUUUGGAAUGCAAUGUCUGAACAAGAACAAAACGAUUAUAUCAGAAACACUAAAGACCAAGGAAGCAGCAAGUUGAAUUUCCGGUUUGCGCACUGA